AUGAGUUUCCACAAGGAGGACGGAGUGAGCAGCCUGUGCCAGAAGGCGCUGCACAUCGUCACCGAGCUGUGCUUCGCGGGCCAGGUGGAGUGGGAGAAGUGCUCGGGCAUCUUCCCCCGGGACAGGGGCAGCCAGGGCGCCAGCAGCACAGAUAUUUCGGUCAGCUUGUUGGCAGUGGUUGUCAGCUUCUGUGGCCUCGCCUUGUUGGUUGUCUCACUUUUUGUCUUCUGGAAGUUGUGCUGGCCUUGCUGGAAAAGCAAACCAUUGACUUCCAACAUCAAUACCCUUCCUCAGAGCAUUUCAACUGCUCCUACUGAAGUUUUAGAGACUGAAGAGAAAAAAGAAGUUAAAGAAAAUGAAAAGCCAGCUCUAAAAGCUAUUGAACCUGCUAUAAAAAUCAGCCACACUUCCCCUGAUAUCCCAGCAGAAGUCCAAACUGCUUUAAAAGAGCAUUUAAUUAAACAUGCACGUGUGCAAAGACAAACUACUGAGCCUACAUCUUCAUCCCGCCACAAUUCCUUCAGGAGACACCUACCAAGGCAAAUGCAGGUUUCCAGUGUUGAUUUUAGCAUGGGCACAGAACCUGUUUUACAAAGAGGAGAAACAACAACAAGCAUUGGAAGGAUAAAACCAGAGCUCUACAAACAGAAAUCAGUUGAUUCUGAAGGCAACAGGCAAGAAGAUAUCAAAACCUGCGGGAAACUUAACUUCACCCUCCAAUAUGACUAUGAAAAUGAACUUCUAGUUGUUAAAAUUAUCAAAGCCUUAGACCUCCCUGCUAAAGACUUCACAGGCACGUCUGACCCUUACGUGAAGAUGUAUCUUCUUCCAGAUAGGAAAAAGAAAUUUCAGACCCGUGUACACAGAAAGACUUUAAAUCCUCUAUUUGAUGAAACUUUUCAAUUUCCUGUAGCAUAUGAUCAACUCAGCAACCGAAAACUACAUUUCAGUGUUUAUGAUUUUGACAGAUUUUCUAGACAUGACAUGAUUGGGGAAGUGAUUCUUGAUAAUUUGUUUGAAGUCUCUGAUCUCUCCAGGGAAGCCACAGUGUGGAAAGAUAUUCAUUGUGCUACCACAGAAAGUAUUGAUCUGGGUGAAAUCAUGUUUUCCCUUUGUUAUUUGCCAACUGCUGGACGUAUGACAUUGACAGUCAUCAAGUGCAGAAAUCUGAAGGCUAUGGAUGUCACUGGCUCAUCAGAUCCUUAUGUCAAAGUGUCUCUGAUGUGUGAGGGUCGAAGAUUAAAAAAGCGGAAAACAACUACAAAGAAAAAUACUCUAAACCCUGUGUACAAUGAGGCCAUUAUUUUCGAUAUCCCUCCAGAGAACGUGGACCAGGUCAGCCUCUCCAUUGCAGUCAUGGAUUACGAUAGGGUAGGACACAAUGAGGUCAUAGGAGUGUGUAGAACAGGCCUGGACGCUGAAGGUCUUGGGCGAGACCACUGGAAUGAAAUGCUGGCCUAUCACCGAAAACCAAUAACACAUUGGCACCCCUUGCUGGAGUUGCCUGGCCGAGCAACCAGUUUUGAUAGUCAAGGAUCCUGUCCAUCUCCCAAACCACCUUCCACACCAUAAUGCCUCCAAAAUAAAGACCAUUAUAAUAAGGACCCAGGACCCUGUGCUCAUCAAAUCAGAAAAAGAGUGGGAGGUUUGAUUUCCUCAUUUAAAAUAUAUCUUGAUAAUGAACAAACUUGACGUUUUUUUCAUUUACUCUUUUUUUUUUUUUUUUGUCGGUUCAUUAACUUUGGACAUCUUGAUAUAUUUUACUUGAAUACAAAUAGUCCUUACUCGCAUAAGGCAUUUUAUUCUUCAUGUCAUAUGCCUAUUAGCACAAAGAGUGUUUUCAUAAGUUGCAAUUCUUUGCAUAAGAAAUACAUUCUUUUAAAAGAAUCUGUACUUAUCUAAAAUUAAAUAUAGUUUAUUCUGCUAUUGUACAAAGUAGCACAUGUCACAUAUGUAUGGUUUUGAUUUUGUUACAACAAUGUUAAUCUCUAGUUGGGCAGAUGGUUCCAUAUAAACUUUAAUGGAAAUUUUGAACUUAACUUACAUAGCAUUAAAUCCUUGCACAAUCAAAUUAAUGUUACUUAUCUCAUAAUAUUUUCUUCAUUCUCAGCAAAUUGCUUCCUUAGUGAGGUUUGGCUGUGCUAAACUCAAAGCUUUGUCUCUCAAGUUCAUUCUUUACAACAUACAGACAAUGCUAUAAUUUAAAGAACAAUUUUGAAUUAAGUUUAAGAAGUAAUAUUUAGUAGCUAGAAAAUGGAGGUCAAACCAUUUGGGCUACCAUUCUAUAUACUGUCUUAUUGUUACAUUAGUUCAAACAUCUGUUGAACUGUUUAACUGGUAUUUUAAAAAUUCUAAUACUCAUUAUCUCAAAUGUAGCAUUAGUAUUCCCAAGUGAAUAGAAACAGAAGGUGUUAAUUUUUUAAGUGUUUGUAAGGUUUUCAAGUACUGUGACAUGUAUAUUUUGUGACAUGAAGCUAUCAUGUAGAUCCUAUAUUUCUGAUAGAACAUACUAACAGACACCAAAGGUACAAUAAAUGUCUGUGCUCAUUGUCAAUUAGAUUAUACACAGUAAUGGUGACUUUUAAACCCAAUGAGAAAUUAAGUACUAGAAUUGGGUAUUUUCCUAAGAAGGGAAAAAUUAUGUAAAAUUUUCAGAAAAUUAUAUAUAUACAUAUAUAUCAUAAAUAACAAUUUCCACAUUUAAUAAAAAUAAAAAUAAUUCUAAAGGCCCAGACCCACAGUCCUUUCAUGAAAGGAUCCUUCAUAAGGAUCAAGGAUCUGGCCAGGAGUUAUAAAAACUAUGCAAAUGUUUUUACAUGACAGAACUUUCUUUUAAAUCAGGUUAAUUUUUUAUUGUCUCAUUUCUGGGCCCUAUCGGAAGGUAUCCAUAUUGAAUGACCCCAAUCUUAUUUUAAGAUAUAUACUAUGAACAGUGCAUAUUUCAAGAUUAUCCCAGGAUAGGAGGUUAAAAGAACCAAGAAAAGAACAAGAAAACUUAUACUUAGAAUAUAAAAACAUAUUCAUCAGAAUGAGAAAAUUUUAUCAAGGUAUAAAAUUUUGAUUUUAGUAAAAUCUCUUAUUUCUAAAUAUUAAAACAAGUUUAAGCUAUGAAAUUUUGUUUGUGGCAUCUCUCACAUGAUGGCAUUACUGUAAAUUAAGAUGUAAAUAUUUUACACACUAACAUUUUAAAGGCAAACACAAUUCCCUAAAAUUUUUCAAGAAUACCUGUCUCCUCCUAAUAAAAACAACUAUUUCUAGCUAGCAUUAGCUAAUAGAAAAUAACAGAAAGAAUUGUUUGAAAAUACCAGUCUACCUUAUGAAGCCCAAAAGAACCGUUUGCCAUAAACAGAAUGACUGACGAUGACACUUCCAUUCUGGGAUUCUUUAUUUUACUAGGAAAUAAAAAUUGUCAAAUGGGAAGACAAGUUAUACUCUUAAUAAAAUGACAUUUUUGCAGACAGAUGUUUUAUUAGUAAGAUAUAGCUGCAGCUUACAAUUAAUUCACAACUAUAUUUCUGAGGAUAAUUAUUUUCAUCUGAAAACAUAUUUUAAGGACUUUUUAUGCAUUCUUAGAAGCUCUUGCUUUUCUUUGCCUCCUAUGGAGAAAAAGCCAAUGCUUAUGAUGAAAAAAAAAAAAAAAAAAAAAAAACACAAACAACCAGCCAAACAGGAGACUUUACUGUGGAGACUAUGGAUUAAAAUAUGAAUAUGUUUUUAAGGUAAUUUUUAAAAAACUGUUUCAUAGGGAUUAGGAUAAAUUCAUCAUGCCCAGUAUUUGUUAAUCCAGUAAGAGAGAUUAAGAAGAGAAAUAACCACAACCCAUCUCUCAUGGAAUGCAUGAGGGAGGUGUACCCUUCUAUCCCUAAAGUCUAAUCAUUUUAAAGGAUACUUCAUGUUAUUAAGAUACAAUCUUAACACUUUCAAUACAACACACUCUCACUCUCUACAUAGCCACACAUCCAUACAAACCUAUCUUAUCCUCCUUCUGCAUGUGAUUGAGGAUGAAAUGUUUUUAAUUUCAGUAUUUAAAAUGAG